AUGGGCCAUCAGUCAACAUCCGGGCUAUUUGGCACAAUCACUAAGCCGCCGCAUCUCUCGCAACGCACUUCCGGUCCACGCCAGCCCACCAAGCCGGGCGCCGGCGGAAGAGGCUGGUCCAAACUCGGCGAGUCCUGUCGCGGACAAGACUACUGUGGCCUUGCACCGCUUCGGACAUCCGUCACCAGAUGGAGCACGACAGAUUUGCAUGGCUGGUCAGCAUCAAAGUGUUGGGCCAUGUUUGUGAGAGCGCUCGCAGUGUUGCGUUGCGUUGCGUUGAGCAUCCAGUCGCGCCGUUAUCAUGCGGGCGACCUACCCCGCUAUCGAGCAAAGCUGUCCGAGUCCACCACUGCACCCUACCACACUCACCACCAUCUGCAGUGCAGAUACGAUUUAGAGUAUACACAAACUAGGGUGCGUCUGCGCGUCUCGCCUUCUUGGCCACUUGCAAUCCAGAUCGUCACAUUCCUCCGACCCCUCCUUGCGUAUCCAGGCCAACUGGGCUACAUUGGUAAGCUAGCUGCCAUGGUGGGGCCCGCAAGCUGUAAUGCACGAUUCCCAGUCAAGCACCACCCGACAAUGCCGCCCUGA